GAUUAAAUGAGGCUUUCAUGUUGGGAACUUAUAAGAAGCUCUUUUCCUCUCUCUUUUCCUUUAUUUAAGCGAACACCCCACACCAAAAAUAUUUAAAAUAUUAUUUUUCAUAAUUUAAAACCAAAUAAUGGAAUUUAUUAAUAUUAUACCCUUUAAUAUUUUCUUUAUAUUCUCAUAUUUAUUAUUUUGUGGGAAAUGUAGCUCAUCAAAAUUACCUCUUGUUCCUGCACUUUAUGUGUUUGGAGAUUCAUUAUUUGAUAGUGGAAAUAAUAAUUUUUUGCCUACAUUAGCUAAGGCUAAUUACUAUCCUUAUGGUGUUAAUUUUCCUGGAAGUUUUCCUACUGGAAGAUUUACUAAUGGAAAGACUACUGCUGAUUUUAUAGCUGAUUAUCUUGGACUUCCAUAUCCUACACCACGAGUUAGCUUAAUCAAGCCAACUUCUCUUACUGGAUACAACUACGCUUCUGGAUCUUGCGGCAUUCUUCCUGAAACUGGCAAAUUUGUUGGUGAAUGCUUGAAUUUGGAUGAACAAAUGAAAAUGUUUGAAACCACAGUGAAAAUACAGUUAGGCUUGCACUUCAGGAACAGAACUGAGCUUGCACAAUAUUUGGCUAAGUCUAUUUUUAUUUUCUCAGUGGGAAAUAACGAUUACAUCAACACUUAUUUUGGCAUCGUUAAAACUCGUCAACAUUAUAGUCCUCCACAAUUUGCUAAACUCCUCGUCGAUUCUUUAUCACGAAAAUUACAGAGACUAUAUGAUUUGGGAGCAAGGAAGAUAGUGGUGUUCGAGUUGGGCCCAAUUGGUUGCAUUCCAUCAAUUAUGAGGGGUUUGAGGCCCAAGGGAAUAAAAUGCGAUGAAAAUAAAAAUAAAAUUGUGUCAUUGUUCAACAAUGAGCUUGGAUUAAUGCUCAACAAUUUAAGUUUAACUCUUCAACAUUCUCAUUUCAUAAUUGGGCGUGCUCAUUCGCUUGCCUAUGAUGCUAUCAUCAAUCCUGCUAAAUAUGGUUUAAGAGAUAGUAGCAAUCCAUGUUGCAAAUCAUGGUUAAAUGGAACAUUCUCAUGCAUACCAGAGCUAACACCAUGCUCAGCCCCUGACGAACAUUUCUUUUGGGAUGGCUAUCAUCUUACCGAAGCAACUUGCUCCGUCGUCGCAUCUCAUUGUAUUAAUGGCUCUGAUGUUUGUCUUCCUAUCAACAUCCAGCAGCUGGUUCAAGCCUAGCAAGUGAACUAUACAUCAUUCGGCCAAUAAUUCAAUUAGCUAUCAGCUAUCAGCUAUAAUCUAAUAAACACCCCAAUUAUUUUGUAUUGAUAUUGACUCAAAUUUAGUUAUAAUGUUAAUGUCACACUGCAAAUAGCCUUUAAAUUAAAAAUAUUCUAUUAGAAUUUUGGAAUUUUACCAAAGAAAUUAAAAAAAAAAAAAAUCAAACCCAUUAUAAGUUUUAACCAUAAUAUAUUGUUAGUAUUAUUUUAAUUCUCAGUGGUUCU